AUGUUUCAAGUUCAAAGUCAAAAUAUUUGGAUGAAAGAUUCAAGUGAAGAUAUUGGAAAAGACAAGAAAUUUAGCUUCAAAGAUGAAUUGUAUAUCUUCUUGGAAAAUACGAUUUGUCAUUGUUAUCGUCACAUGGCACAAGUUGAUCGAACAGUGAUUGAAAGAUUGAUGUGGUUUUGUAUUCACGUGUUUGGACUUUCAUCAUGGAUUUUUUUCACGACUACAUUAUUUGCAAAUUUCACUCGUAAUCCAUUAAUUACCACGCUCUAUGAUACUGUUUAUCCGGUGAAAAAUAUUCCAUUUCCUGCCGUAACAAUUUGCAGUAAAAAUCGAAUCUCACGAGAACAAGCUGAAAUAUACGCUAAAGAAUUAAGCUUGAAAGAUCCUCAAGGUCGAAGUGAAUUUUAUUUUCUACGUGAACUAAUUUACCUUGGACGAAUCUAUGAUUUUGAGACAGAAAAUGAACAUCUCGUUACAGCAUUUCAACAAUUUUUGGAUCAGACAACUGACAAAAACCUUGCGAAUUCAACAUUUGAAAGUUUAAUUGAAAGAUUGAAUCCGAGUUGUGAGAAAAUAUUAUUGAAAUGCUUCUUUAAAAGUAAGGAAUAUAAAUGCAUGUUUGAGUUCCAAAUGAUUGAACAGAGAAAGAGUGCUUUGGGGUUUUGUUGUUCAUUUAACUACAUCAAAAGAAAUAUUGACAAUCCAAUGAAUUCUCCUUAUUAUCCGACUGUUACUGGUCCCGACAUGGGUCUAAUUGUCGUUGUCAACAAUACAAGUGAUGACUACUUCUACAACAUUUUUAAUUCAGUUGGAUUAGCUAUUUUAAUCCACAAUUAUAAUGAGUACCCCGACCCAGGCAGUGGAAGUGCACUUGAAAGGUUUGUAAGUCCAGGUCAGGAGAUUUUUUUGCGAGUCGAUAGCGUCAGCAUUACAUCCGAACGCGACAUUCUCAAUUACAAAGCUGAAAAACGUCAAUGCUUGUUUUCUGAUGAGAAUCGUCAAUAUGGUGGAAAAUAUACAAGAAGCGAUUGUUUCCUCAACUGCAAGAUUCGAAGCGUCAAAGCACUUUGCGAUUGCAUUCCAUUCAGUUUCCCUCAAGAAAACGCUCACAGUGAAUCUUUGAAGACUUGCACACUGCAACACGUUCCAUGUUUGAAUAAGUAUAAAAUCAAAUGGUCAACGAUAAUGUCGGAAAUGAUUGACAUUGAUGGACUGCAACGAGAAAUGGAAGAAUCUUUGUUAUGUCGUGAAUGUUACCCGACAUGUUCCGAUAGCAAAUAUCGAGUGACGACUUCCAUCCUUCCACUCGUUUUUAACAAUAGAACAGGAUUUGGAAUCACUAAUCACAUUAAGAAUGUUUCUGAUAUAUCGGUCAUUCGAGUGUUCCUUGGUCAACGGGAAACUUGGCAGUACAAACAAGAUGUUGCUUUUUAUUGGUUUGAAAUAUUCAGUAAUAUUGGUGGACUUUGUGGUGUUGUAGGAGGAUAUUCAUUGAUUGGCUUCACAGAGAUGAUUUACUUUGUAUUGAAACAAUUCGUUUUGUAUGUUUUAAGAAAGUCAAACAUCAAUCGCAAGACGGAGGAUUUUCAGAUUUAUCCUUAAAUUUUUGAUGUGCAAAAUCUUAUCACACACGCAAGGAAUUAUGCAAAUUAUAAAGUAUUGAUUGUCAUUUUGAGAAACCAAUGAAUAUAUUUAUCCAACACAUUUUAAUAACAUGC